CCGCUCGGAGCGGCCGCCUCGCUCCUCGCCUCCUGCGUCCAUGCCCGGCGGCCGCUCGCUCUUCGGCGCCCGCCCGCGGGUACCCUCCGCCCGCGCCCUCCGCCCCGAGCCCUUAUGCCCGCAACGCCAGGAACUGCACAGUGACCGCAGCUGCUACGAGUGGCCCUCAGAGUCCCCCGAGUGAGCGGGUGGCGCGGCUGGUGCCCGCUGCGGGUGGUGGCGGAGGAGCCCCGCCCUGUAUGUGGCCGCCCCUGCCGCCCCCACCGGCCUCCUCCGCAUGUCGUGUAGUGGCAACCAGACGGCGGCGCCGCUGGCGUCGGCCCCCGAUGCCGCCCAGGCCUCGGCCGUCGAGAAUCCCCUGUGUCCCCCGGGGCAGGCCGCAGCCAUCGCUGGAGGCAAGUCCUCCGUCGAGGGGGUGACGCCCCCCGCAGCCACCGAGGUGCGCCUGGUGUCCGGAGGCCGCGUGGCCACCCGCCUGGCCACCGCCGCCUCCCCGGGCCACCUGCCGCGAGACGACGGCUACUGCUCCUCGGACUCCACUCCAAAGAGCUCAGGUGAGCGGCGUGUGGCCGGGGUGCUGCCCCACCCGCGGGCCCCCCCAGCGGACUCCCCCGCCCUGGGUGCUGACGCGGGCCUGCACAAGCCCCCACCUUCCGGCGACGCUGAUGGAGCACUCGCAGGAGAGAGUGUGCCUGUUGCUGCCGUGGCCCCCCGCACACCCACGGCCUCCCCUGGCGCCCCCGGGGGGCCCCCUGGACCCCCAAGUUCUACAGGCGUGGUGGACGACGGGCGGGAAUCGUGGGGAAAGUCCAUGGACUUCCUGCUCUCCAUCAUCGGUUUCGCUGUGGACCUGGCCAACGUGUGGCGCUUCCCCUUCCUGUGUUACCGCAACGGUGGAGGUGCCUUCCUAUUUCCCUACUUCCUGAUCACAGUCUUCGGGGCGCUGCCGCUUUUCUUCAUGGAGCUGGUGCUCGGCCAGUAUAACCGCCAGGGCCCCAUCACCGUCUGGAAAGUGUGCCCCUUGUUUAGAGGUGUUGGCUACUGCGCCGUGCUUGUGGCCUACUUCGUCAGUUUCUACUACAACGUGAUCAUCGCCUGGUCCAUUCACUUCGUCUACGCCUCCUUCAGCUACGUGUUGCCCUGGACGUCGUGCAACAACACCUGGAACACAGAUGACUGCUGGGACGGCCUCACCUCAGACGAACCAAAGCCCAACUCCACCUCCUUGAUGUCGCCCUCCGAGGAGUACUUCAAUUACGUGGUGCUACAGAUGGACAAGAGCGAUGGAAUUGACGACCUCGGGCCGCCCCAGCCUAGCCUCGUCAUCUGCGGCCUCAUCACUUACUUCAUCCUUUACCUGUCGCUCUUCAAGGGAGUCAAAUCUUCAGGCAAGGUGGUGUGGGUGACGGCGACGAUGCCCUACGUGAUCAUGACGCUGCUGCUGAUCCGGGGGGCGCUGCUCCCUGGCGCCGCAGACGGGCUCCUCUACUACAUCAAGCCCUCCAUCUCGGCGCUCUCCAAGCCGCAGGUGUGGUACGAGGCAGCGCAACAGGUGUUCUUCUCGGUUGGCGCUGGCUUCGGCGUCCACCUGUCCUACGCCUCCUACAACAACUUCAACAACAACUGUUACCGCGACUGUCUCAUCACCAGUCUCGUCAACGCAUUCACGAGCUUCUACUCCGGCCUCGUCAUCUUCACGUACCUUGGCUACAUGGCCUUCAAGCAGAAGACGGACAUCGGGACAGUGGCCACAGACGGUCCCGGUCUGGUGUUCCAGGUCUACCCGGAGGCCGUGGCGACUCUCCCUGGCUCGCAGUUCUGGUCGUGUCUCUUCUUCCUCAUGUUGAUCUCCCUCGGGCUCGACUCUGGGAUGGGCGGGCUGGAGUGCGUGAUCACCGGUAUGAUGGACGAAUUGCGCCUUACAUUCGGGUGGAAGACCAUCAGGAGGGAAUUCUUCACCGCCCUGGUCGUUAUGUCGUCUUUCCUGGUGUCCAUUGCUAACUUCUGUCAGGGCGGGAUGUACGUAUUCCACUGGCUGGACACGUACGCCGCUGGGAUAUCGCUUCUGUGCUCAGCCCUCUUCGAAGCCGUUGCCGUGUCCUGGUUUUACGGACUGCGACGGUUUAGUGCAGACAUCCAGCACAUGCUCGGUUUUCGCCCCAUGAUUUACUGGAGGGUCUGCUGGAAGUUCGUGUCUCCGCUCUUCAUCCUUAUCACGAUCGUCAUCGGGUUGCAGUCACAAGCCUCCGGAAAGCUCGAGUACCACGGCCCGAUACACUACACUUACCCUGCCUGGUCUGAGUCUGUGGGCUGGCUCAUUACCUCGACGUCAAUGUGCAUGAUUCCGCUGUGGAUGAUCAUCACCAUCUGUCGCCAGCCUGGGAGUUUCCGACAGAAACUGUUGCUAAGCGUCACGCCUGAGGCCGAACACCACAAGAUCCUGGAGACAGAGGAAACUCCCCGCUUGGACUGGAAGCACUGGUUGCACGUCUGAGUUUGCAAUCUCGCCUUUGCUCACAUGUGACUACUAAAUAACACUUUCACUUACUUACAAACACAUCCACACCUACUAGUAAUAUACAGUGGUAUACACUACUGCACUGAAAUACUAACAAGGUGACGCCAAUUUUACAUGCUAUUUUUCGGGAAUGCAUGCUAAUGUUCACGAGAAACUCUGAUCACCACCUAAAUAUCUAGGGAGUAAUUAAACAUUCCAAAAUAUACGUAUGCCAACCUAACAUGCACAUUUAUGUAUGUGGAUUUUGUCUUACCGCGAAGAAACACGCGAUUUCCAUUACACUUGUACACGGUGGCCAAAUCUGCCAAAUAUACAUAACAAUAUGAGGUACAAACUAAUUAUUUUCAUCACACUUCAGAUACACAGGUUACAUUUGAUUCAAGACACUUCUGGAAGUAACAAAACACAUACCAUUUUUUUCAUAGUUACUGGCUUUCUUCCAAAAAUGAUAUGAACAUGAAGGCCAGCCACACACAAAAACAUUUAACCUUACUACCACACAGAGAAGAUAAUUUAAAGAGACUCCACAGUCCAAGACACACGAAUAAUGACAGUAACGUGAAAAUCAUAAUGUAUCCAUGUAGUAACAUACAGUCCCAUUAUUUGGGAUCAACAGGCUUGUUAUUUGAGUUGCAUUUGCUGUAACGAAUAAGCUUCUUGUAAAUAAUUUUAUAAAGUAGUGCUUGAUCAGCUCUGGGAAGUGUAAUGAAAAGUGGUGUGAGUAACAGCGUACUUAACUUGCGUUCUCAUUUCACAGCCACCGAUCAUCAGUUAGGUCACUCGUAACUUAUCCUUACAGCAGCGUCUUUAUCAAAUGUUGGGUUACUAUGCCCGUGAAAAAGCUUGUCAUUACUGUCGUUCUUGUAGGCAGGGACGCGGCCAUACUUUCAAGGGGAGGCCUUAACGAGGACAGAAACUUAAUACAUUCGGUAUAAUAGAGAAAUCAAGUGGUUUUCUACUUGCUGCAGAUAGGAGUAUGGCUUAUAAUUUAUGUUUCUUAUUAGUAUUGGUGACUUAGCUGACGAUCAUCUACCUCAAUAGUAUUAUCCUUAAUUACCCGAAACUGCAAAAAAUUGCCGUUAGCAUUCUCUACCUUACCAGAGCAGACAGUACGCAACCAGUACGUGUUUCUCUGCGUGCUACGUGAACGCAGCCCAUUGGUCGGCCGUGUAGCCAUUAAGCCAAACUAACCAAUCAGCGCGUGCCAUCAGGUGUGUGUGAUCAGGCAACCAGCACUGGGAUGGUCCGAGGGGGAGAGACAUCUGGUGACUGAACAGCUUGGUUGAUUCAUUGUCAUAAUUCAUAUAGACUUUAUAUUUUAUUUACGUUUGUAACAUACCCGCUUGAUAAUUAAGAUAUAUGUAGUGUCAUGUAUUUACUUAACUGCACGUAUCCUUGUCACUCAGUAUUUCACUAUACUGCAGUUUCCAAAUAUCAUGGAAUGUUUUUGGAGUGUGUUUUUAUUACAUAAAUCAUUAGCCUCCCAUCCUGAUAGUUAAAUUUCAUAUAAUUUCACGAAUUUUCUCAAAUUUGAUUUACAUAUACUUUAAUGAUUGCAACCAGUAUUAUUGCCCUGUGUUUAACACCGUAAUUGGUUUAAGUUUCAUUUUGUAGCCUUUUCGUUCUUAGUUUGAACCAAAAACGACUUAACCAACACUUCAAACUAUGACUAUGACCUCGUCGACUGUCUACAUACCAGAGUUCUGUUUUGGCUGCCACAGUUCACCUCACUAUCAAGGCAUUUUUUUCCUGUUACCACUAUUCUCGUUAUAGUCACCUCUGCCAUUUUAAUCCAGUUUCUAAUUCUUUGUUUAAGCUGAAUGAAAGAAGCUACAGCCUAUCCUUCAAUUUUGUUACGAUUAUCUCCAUCAUCAAUAUGAUCAUGCCUGACAAUAAUUUAUCAAGAAAGCUAGAAGAAUCAAAUUCAACAUAUCAUAAAACUGCAAAGUAAUCAGAUCUGUUUGAGAACGAUCCCUUUAUGACAUCACGUAUUUUGAUAUGUAACACACAGAAUUGCAGAGUUUAAGAAAGUAGAAUUCUGUACUACACAAAUUUUAUAUACAGCUUCUGUCUCCCGCGCUUGAUCCAUUGCUUGCACAAAAUAGGUUAGGUACAGUGUGUGUACACAGAUAAAUAAUGUCUUUGGUUUUUAGAACUGUGUAGGUAAUAUCAUUCAAGAAUCCUGAUAAAAUGGAAAUUAAGAUACAUAUCAAGCUAAGUCAAAAAGAGGCAGCUGGGUUGCAAGUAGUGUAGCAUAGGUUUCAUCGAAAGUCUAAGAGUCGUAAGGCGUGUGGCCGUUAGGUGUGAGAGAGGCCCAAAUAUGCUUCUCGCUCUCUCACAACUGGCGGACAAGACCACGUCGGGACUUUUUACAAUUUUUGUAGUUUCUUGAAAGAAUGAAUUAACUCUACGGUAUGUAUAUAUUUCGCGUUUAGUGGGUAUGGAUAUAAUCGACAUUUAUUUUGAUAAAGCACUAGAGAUUCGGAGGACAUUAAUCAUUCCCAGUGUUGUAUAUGUUUGAUGUUGUUGUUAACAUAUGUGAUUUAAGUGUUGUUACGAUGGAUAAAGACUAGUGUUCCUAUAUUACUGAUGUUAGAGAAAUCUUUAUGAAUAGAGCUGUUAUUAUCCCGAAUUAUUCUGUAAGGUUGGGUGUACUUCUCAGUUCAUUACUGGACGAUUGUUAAUAGUUGUAGACAUAAGUAUUUUUAGUUAGUUUUUAUUUUAUUUUUUUUAUGUGUGUACAUGCAGGCGUGUCAUUUUGACCCAGUGGCUGUAAAAUACUUUCGUCAGCCUGUCAACAUCUUGCAUAUCAUUCUGGCUGGCUGAGAGAUAAGAGUCGCCAGCCCUUUUAGCCUCGUUCCUUGAAGGAGACGAGUUUCAAAUGUGCUUCCAAGUCUACAGGUGGACUGCAGCACCUUACUGUCAGAGUUUAGUACUUAUAUGUGUGCAGACAAGCCCAAAAUAACACUACUCUACUGUCCAAAUAUGCAUAUUGUGAAAGCAAGCAUAACGUAGAGGAACGCUAACUAAAUAUUACAGAUAUGUUUCAUUCUGUCGGUACAAAACAAGAGCUUUAGUUUCCAUAAUUUGUUUACAGUUUUGUGAAUUCCUCAAACGCAAAUGAGUCAUCCCUCGUGUUUACAAUCAUAUUUCUUCGUUCAACCAAGCGUUGACAAAAGUACCGCAUACAAAUCCGACUUUUUCUCUCUACUUAGUCUAAUUGUCUUGUUUAGUUUGUUCCAUUAAAAACAGUAAUAGUCAGGCGUGGGCCAUUGUUCACCGGUAAAAAGUGAUCAUAUUGUGUAUCUUAUCGUGGAUUACGGGAGAAAGAGGAAGAUCUUACACAAUCAUUGUUACGUAAAAAAAAUAAAUAAAAAAAAAUGAAAAAAAAUCUUCGUGGUCUGCAUUGUGGAUUUAUGUGGUGAGGUGUAAUGUGUAGAGAUCUGUGUUAAACGUGUUCUAAACCUGUAAACGUAUGAAGGUUGUAUCCUGCUGUAAAAACACACAUAUCAUGGAGUCCGGCAGUUUGUGCCCCAACAGCCCUCGUUUGCUAACCUACCAGAGCUUCCUUAGUCAUAGAGGUAAAUAAUCUUCAAGCUGUGUUUAAGUUUACAUUCUUAGGAAUUCCUAGACUACAGUUUUGACAAGCUCCUCUGUGACUCAAUCGACCUCUUCACGAACAAAGAGCUGCAAAUACAUAUAUGUUGUACAUAUAUUAUGUUUUAAGGUAUUCUAUGUCACAGUAGAGUGUAGCGUAACGGUGUGACACAUCCUUGUAUAACGCCAGUCAUAUGUAUGUACACCUGGAAUGUACUUAGUUCUCACCUCUGUACAUAUGAAUACUAGAUUUGUCUUUUGUAUCUUCAUUUUUUUCUUGGAAUAUUAUGUAUUCAUGUUAAGUGUCCAAAAAAUGCAGUACAACUUACCGCUCGGAGAAUAUUGAAUUAGAGAAGGUAUAGGAUUUAGUUGUUUUGUAUGCUAUUGUUUAAUGUAUCGGAAUGUCGGAAUAAAGCGUAAUAAACGUA